UUGUUCUUACUGUAAAGAUCAAGCAUGAUCUCCUGUAUGAGAAGGAACACAGCUGCUGCUUGGGAGAGCGGACCAGCCCCGCGCACCAGCAGAUCUACAGCACCUUCGUCCCUGUCAUCCUCUCCCUCCCGCCUCUGACGCUGAGGCUUGUCCCAUACAGCAAAAUUGGCUACGAACUUUGGAUAAAGAAAAGAGUGGGGGAAGGUUCCGUGCUUCGAACUAUUCAUGGGACAGAAAUGUCCAAAAUAGUCAGGGAGAAGAAGCGAGCUGUCAUGAUGAUGGUGAAGGUGGUGGCUCUCCUUGCUGUGUGCUGGGCACCUUUCCACAUCGUUCACAUGAUGACCAAGUACAGUAAUUUUGAAAAGAAAUAUGAUGAUGUCACAAUCAAGAUGAUUUUUGCUACAGUGCAAAUCAUUGGAUUUUCCAACUCCAUCUGUAAUCCCAUUGUCUAUGCAUUUAUGAAUGAAAACUUCAAAAAAAAUGUUUUGUCUGCAGUUUGCUAUUGCAGAGUUAAAAAAAACUUCUCUCCAGCCCGAAGGCAUGGAAAUUCAGGAAUUACAAUGAUGCGGAAGAAGGCAGACUUUGCCGGGAGAGAGAACCCCGUAGAGGAGACCAAAGAAGCAUUCAGUGAUGGCAACAUUGAAGCCAAAUUGUGUGAACAGCCAGAGGAGAAAAAAUGCUGAAAGGACAUCUUUAGUGCUGAACUCUCUGAGAAUUCUGCUUCAGGCAGUGGGCAUUAAUUGCAAUGAUAUCUUACAAUUAUUAUCCAUUGUAAUCUGAAAAGAAAAUUAUUUUGAGCAAAGGUAAAAGAGUUUUUUUUAAUUCUUAAAAG